GUGUUCAUCGUAUCAAAAGAUAUUAUAAAUCUCAAAGCUGAUCAUGCUGGUUAUGAUAGUCUUCGAUUGUCCAAAUGUGGAUUAAAUUUUCCAAGUCUCUAAAAAUAAAACAUUUUACUGAUCGAUAUGUUUCAUCUGAAGAGGACUUGCAAAAUGAUACGCUUGUUACCCCGGGGCAUCGGGCUUCGACCCCCUUAUAUUUACUGUCAAGGGAGAAAUAAGCCGCUUUUAUUCAUAAGUACUACGUGUCAUUCAUUGCUACACGGAGACGUGUUGCAACAGCUGAAGCAUAUUAUUAUGUAUGAUACAUCUAAAGCACUUGAUAUUAUUCUUUGUAUCAAGGGCUGUUAUUUCGCCAAAACUCGGAAGAAACAAAAUUUUGAAAUUAGUCGAUCGUGCAAAGUGAAAAACGAAGGGCUGUCUGUGAAUUAUGAACUCUACUUGGAGUCAUUAUUACAGUGUUGUUAAAAAAGUAUCAUCAUUGGCCGGUCAGUGGCCUUAUCAGAAACCAAAAACAAGACUGUUCUGUAUCAGCCUAGUGACUUUAACCACGUUUUCCAUGAUCGUUCCACAGGUAAUUACAAUAAUUCUCUUUAUCAAAUUGAAAUGUGGAGAUCUUUUAAUCCGCACCGACAUAAUAAUAUUGCCAGAUAGCUAAAUUUGUUAAAUGCGACGGAGACCUGCAAUGUAUUUUUCAAACUAUGACAGCGUAUCUAUUGACAAUCGUAACAUUGGUGAAGCUGUAUACGUGUUAUUUUAAUCGAUGUAAAGUAUGUCAUUCAUUUUAUAGUACUCUUGUAUGUACAUAUUAUGUCACAAAGUAAGCUUUUGAAGUCUACAAUUUUUAAAUUGAAUCAGUAGUCCAUUAGAUUGUACGAAAAGAAAAAUGUAUUAUUAAUUAAUAGUACUUUUAGAUGAAAAUUCUGAUCGAUCAGUUAUACGUCGAAUGGAAUGAUUUGCAAACCCCAGAAGAGUUCGAAAUUAUGAAAAAAUAUGCCGAGAAGGGUAGACGUUAUUCUUUGGGAUACUCGUUGUACUGCUUCAUAUCCGUAUAUCUGUUCAUGUCCGUGUCUCUCGUACCGCAAUUAUUAGAUGUCGUACUACCACUCAAUGAAUCCCGCCCUAUAUUGCCGGCUCAUCCAGGCUACUACUUCGUUGACGAGAGAAAAUAUUUUUACUACAUCUACUCGCAUGCUGUUGUGGCAUGGGAGAUCGCUAUGACCGGGAUAGUCGCCCACGAUUGCAUACUCCUAACUUACAUCGAACACGUCUGCAGUAUUUUUGUCAUAAGCGGAUUUGCCCAGCUUAUUGAAGACAUAUUUUCGUUGACUCUGGCUAUACAAAUAAUGCUGAAUACAAUAAUGAUUAGCAUUACUCUAUUACAAGUACGUGAUUGUUCUAAGAUUAUAUUUUACAUAUAUACAGGAUAUUCCGUAUAAGUAAAUACAGGCCGGUACUACUGUAUUUCUUGUCAAAAAAACAUUUCUUCUUUAGUAAAGUUUCUGAAAAUGCAUUAUUUUCGAGCUAUUUUAUUUUUUAAUAUGUCAAUACAAUGCAUUGCUAAUUUUUGACUCUUCGUGUAAAAAUUUUGGUAAUUCUCUUAUAAUAAUUAUAUUUAAUUAAAUAUAUUUACAUUUUUAUAAUAAAACACUUGAAGACAUUUUAUUUGAAUUGACAUAAAACAAAUUCCAUUAUAGCAGCAAAAUGUAUUUCUCGGCUCUGAUGUAAACAAAGUAUAAAUGUUAAUGUCUAUUUAGGUUUAAGUAUAACAGAAUUGCCGAAACUUUUACGCGAAGAAUUAUUUGCACGAAGAAUCGAGAAACAACAGAUGCACUAUAUGGGCAUAAUAAGAUGAGAUAUUGUGAAAACAAUAUAUUUCGUAAACCAUUCAUAAAUGUUACCAAAAGAAAAAAAAAAUGUUUAUUUUUUGAUAAGGAAAUAAUAAUAUCUUACCUAUACAUGAUAUAUUAUAUUUUUUAUAUAUCUAGGGUCAAUUUGUCGCAUGUUUCUUAGAAUUGUGAGAAACAAUUAUAAGUGCAAAGAAUUAACUUUAUUGUAUUUUUGGGACUAAAGGUUACGCAGGAGAACGCCAACAUCCUGAUAAUUCUAAGGUACAUAGUAUAUGUUGUCGGUCAGCUGAUCCAUUUAUUCUGCCUCAGUUUCGAGGGACAGAAGCUGAUAGAUCACAGUCUUAAAACGCGCGACACGAUGUAAGAAGACAAAAGAUUUCUAUAAUAAUGAUUAUAAUAUCGCAGUUAUUUAUAGUUUAGUAUAUCAUCGAAACAUAUUACAGCUAUAAUAGUCCUUGGUAUAAAGCACCUACGAAAUCACAAAAGAUGCUUUUAUUCGUGAUGCGGAAGAGUCUCCAACCGAUUUUUUUGAGUGCUGGCAAGAUUUACAUUUUCUCGAUGGAGAACUUUACCUCGGUAAAGAUUAUAAU